UAUUAUGGUAUUUUUAACAUAUUUUUUAAGCCUUCACUUAUGUUAUACAUAUUUUAAACAUUACAUACGUAUCUUGUUCGGUUAGCAUUGACACUGAAAUUAAUGCGUUGAUUCAUUUCCCGUUUUGGUUAGGGGACCUGCAACGUGACAUUGACGACAACUCCAAAUUGCCACAAGGGCCAUCGGUGACCCAGUCAUUAACCAUAUGACCACGUUUAACCACCGAAAAUUUUAUAAACCCAACCACGUAGUUCCCCAAAAAACAUAUAAAAAGACAGUUGGCGAACAACAAGUUAUCAAUCAUAAACGAAUCCAUCAACAGUUCGGUUAUCUUUAUUAUCCAAAUCAAAAUGUGCAGCUACGUGAAGUCUUCCUGUUCCCUGGUGGUUCUGAUCCUGGCACUGGGAUCCAUUUCAGCUCAACCGGCCAGGUUAGCCAAGCAGCUACAGAAACAGCAGGCAGCUCCCUACCCAUCCGCCGAGGAACUGAAGCCCGAGGUUCCGUUCGAAGAAGGAGUGCCCGAUCAGACCUAUGGACCUCCGGAUCUCACCUACGGACCCCCGCCCACCGAUGCAGUGGAGCAGCUGCCCAGCGCUGAGGAGCCACAGGACUUCACACCCGAUCCGGAUGCAGAGGAGGUUCAGCCCAUUGAACAGGCGCCCGCUCGUCUGACCAAGCAGACCAGGAGACGUCCACAAUCACAGGGAUUAAUUCUGCUUUCCUCGAGUCCAUUCCAAGUUAUUAAUCCCAAUGGAAUCCCCGCUCCAGUGGCUAUUCAAGCCCUGUGGUAGAAACCCGAAAGAAAAUACUUGAUACUGAUU